AUGUCAAGAAAUGAAAAUGCAAAGGCACAACCGCCGCCGGAGAAGUCCAGUUUUACCCGGAGAUGUAGCUUGCUCAGCCGAUACUUGAAGGAGAAGGGUAGUUUCGGGAAUAUAAAUCUCGACUUGACCCGAAAGCCUAACUCGGAUCUGGGGUUGCCAGGAUACUCCUGUCCACCAGGGAAACAAAAUGCGAUGCAAAGGGCAGAUACGGAGACCAAAACCUUCGAUGUCCUUCAGAGGCUUUCAAAAGCCGAAAUGUCUCCAUCAUCUGGAGGCAAAGCCAAAGAAACCAACCUCAGUAAAUCAUCAUCAGAGUUAGGAAGUUCCCAGUUGACCAUAUUCUUUGGAGAUCAAGUUUUAGUAUACAAUGAGUUCCCUGCAGACAAAGCUAAAGAGAUCAUGGAAGUUGCCAAGCAAGCUAAGCCUGUGACUGAGGUUAACAUUCAGGCACAAAUCAACGUCCAAAAUAACAACAAAAGCAACAUGGUUCUUCCUGAUCUCAACGAGCCCACUGAUUCUGCUGAUACUAAUCCACAGCAGCAACAAGAAAAUCAGGUGGUGGAACGUAUAGCACGUAGAGCUUCUCUUCAUCGAUUCUUUGCUAAACGGAAAGACAGAGCUGUGGCUAGAGCUCCAUAUCAAGUUAACCAAAAUGCGGGUCAUCAUCAUUAUCCUCACAAGCCAGAGACUCCCCACGGUCAGCCGUUUGAAUCGGGACAGUCAUCAAAACAACAAGAGAAUGCUGUUGCUCAAACCUUGUCCCACCCGAAACCAGAACGAGAUACAAACACUCCUAUAAAGAUUGACGAAGAAGGCCAGUGUUCGAAAGAUCUCGAACUUAGGCUAUAG